AUGAUAACGCUUGGUCUAGGAUCGCUUUGCGCGGAAUGCGUAAGCGUCAUCAAGGAUGUUCCUCUGUCGCUGCUCUUUGGACUUUUACUCUCUUGCUUUAUGGGACUUUUUAGCCUGGCCUAUCUCCUCCUUUUGAUCCUAGCGCCUGCUCCGCGAGCCCCAUUUGCCGAAGAGAAGAAAUACAAAGCAAUUCUAGAAGAUGGGAGUCUUGCUAAGGACCAGCAACUACCUUGCUGGCAUGAUAAGAUCAACCUGGACACGUACAAGCAGUCGGACCUCGAGGAACCCACCUUAUUCAUGUCUGUCGUGAUACCAGCGUAUAAUGAGGAAAAACGACUCCCUGGGAUGUUAGAAGAGACUGUUAGCUAUUUACAACGCGCGUAUGGAACACCAGAACGAACGGGUCAGGCAGAGAAAACAAAAACUGCCAGUUUGCGGGAUGGCGAUCUUGGAGAGACGAGACUUCGACACAAAGCCAACGGCGAAGCAGGAUCGACCGCUGGCAAGUACUCGGCUGUACCGUUGAAAGGCUGGGAGAUAUUAAUCGUCUCUGACGGUUCGACCGACAAUACCGUGGAGACAGCACUAGCCUUCGCCAAGGACCACCAGCUGUCCGCCCAUCCUAAGGGCCAUGCAGGGCCAUGGACCCCAAAAAUAGAAGAAGGCGUUAAGAUACCAGCCGGAAGUAUACGGGUUAUUGAAUUGACCCAGAACAGGGGUAAAGGUGGCGCAGUGAUCCACGGGAUGAGACAUGUUCGAGGACAAUAUGCCAUAUUCGCGGACGCCGACGGGGCCAGCAAUUUCAACGACUUAGGCAAAUUGGUGGAAGCAUGUGAGAAGAUAGAGGAACCAAACCGACGCGUAGUUGCUGUUGGCUCGAGAGCGCAUUUGGUAGGAAGUGAUGUGGUUGUCAAGCGAUCUAAACUACGGAACUUCCUAAUGCACUCUUUCCAUCUAGCUCUCCGCCUCCUUACGCCACCGGCAACAGCCAGAAUUAACGACACUCAGUGUGGCUUCAAGCUCUUUUCCCGGGCAAGUCUGCCCUACAUUAUACCCUACAUGCACUCAGAAGGCUGGAUCUUUGACGUUGAAAUGCUCAUGUUAGCUGAAUUCGCCAACAUCCCCGUUGCUGAGGUGCCUAUCGGAUGGAAAGAGGUAUCAGGUAGCAAGUUGAGCGUCGUCUGGGAUAGUCUGGGCAUGGCUUAUGGGCUUGCUAUACUUCGAGCCGCGUGGGCUUUUGGCGUCUAUACACGGGCUGGAAACUGA